AUGAUGACUAGAAUAAUUGAUCUUCCUUCGAGUAUAUUAUAUCAAAUCUUCCGAUACGUACCAAAUGAUAUACUAAUUGAACUUAUUGAUAUCCCAACUGUGAGUGAUCAAGCGUCCAAUGCAUUAUACACCAAAGUGAAUAUCGGAGCUAGAUCUAGAGUUCAGAGCACCCCUGAACUUAAAGGAACAGAUAAGAUCCCAGUCGUUGAUUGUGUGAAUGAUAUAAUAAAAUUACAAGUGAAGUAUCCUAUGGCGAGACCUAAACAAUGGGUAUUUGAAGAAAGUAUUGAUGUCUUUGAAGAGAUUAAUAAUCAUUCUACGUUGUUUGAUGACGCCAAAGAUGUGGAAAUACAAUUUUCUGAAACUUGGAAUGAUCCUCAGUUUAGUUCAAAAUUCUGCGAGGACUAUAAUGCUAAUCCUAUAUUAAUUACUUCCCUUGUGGAUUUUGACUUGAAUGUUUUAAAUAAGAUUACUGGUGAAAGGAUAGGGAGAUAUCUAACAUCUUUACGUGCUGCUAAAUUUAACAUCAAUAAUGAUUUUGAUAAAUUAUCAUGGUUUUCUAAGUUGACUUCACUUACAAUUGACACCGAGUUUUCCCCUACACAGCUUUACCAACUUCCAAGGCAAUUGACUAGAUUAAAAGUUAGUUUAGAGUUCCAUAAGGAUGAUUACAUUGAAGAGCGUAUAAAUAAUGAUUCAUUGAUAGAACUUGAUUUUCCAAAAGGAUUGCGUGAAUUAGAUGUUGAAUUUGCAGAAGAACAUCUUAAUUCAAGUUUUUUCAAUUUGGAUAUUUCCCAUCUAACGCAACUCAAAAAGUUAACAAUAUCUACGAUUUUACCCAGCGGCACGAACAAUUCCUAUUGUCUGUGGGAACUUCCCAAAAGUUUGAAUUGGCUAAGCUACAUUACUUAUCAUUCAAUGAAUACACCACUAAAGAUUAUGUGUCCAGAAUUAGCUUUUUUGAGAGUAGUAAAAGCAGAGGAUUCAAAACGAAUGGAAUACAUAGUGAAUGAUUUACCUGAGACGUUACAAGAACUACAUACUUCAGCUGAAGGUAUUGUAUAUUCACCACCUUCAUAUGGAGACCCACCGUCCUAUAACGCUUCUCCUCAUAAUGAAGAACCACCCAGUUAUUUUUCACCUCCUUCUUAUGAGGCUCCUGAGAAACUUGAAAAUUUACCUACAUUAGACAGUCCAGAAGAGUUGAAGGAGAAACUGAACUUUCCAGAAAGCUUACAAAGACUUGUUAUCGAUGGAUAUUUGAGUGAAUUUGGUGAUAAUAAAACUCCUAUUAAACUUCCAUCAACAUUAACAAAUUUAACACUAACUGAAGUAUCCAAUGUAGAUUUAGACACAUUACAAAACCUCACACAACUAACCAAUUUAGUGGUACGAGGAUUCAAAGGUGGGGACGAAUUUUCAUACAACCUUCCGUCAAGCUUGAAGUCAUUGGAGAUUAUUGAUCACAGAAUAAAAAUAUUCCAUAUUAUUGCUCCUAAUCUCGAAAGUUUAGUAAUUCGAGGUAACUUAUCCGGAGUGGUAGAUGAAUCCAGAUUUACUUUUCCAGCAAGCAUCAAGAAAUUAUCACUACAAGGUUGCAGAAUAGAUAAAUUGUCAAUCGAUUUUCCCGAUUCAUUAGAAUGGUUAGAUAUUUCAAUGAAUAAUCUAAAAAGUAUUGAGAGUUUACCAUCUGGUUUGAAAUAUCUUGAUUUGUUCAUGAAUCAUUUUGGAUCUACAAAUGACGUACCUACUUUCCCAAAACAAAUCGAGACUCUAAAUUUGAGUCGUAAUCAAGUUCAUGAUCAAUGGAUUUGUAAACUGGAUUUACCAAGCUUAACCAAGUUGAAGAAUCUUUACAUGGCAGAAGAUAAAUUUUGUACAUUGAACAUUGAAGGAUUACCAUUAUCAUUAGUUGCUUUGGAUGUACAUGGAGGUGGAGUUUCUUCAUUCAUUGGGGAUUUUAAAGACCUUGUAAAUCUUGAAGAGUUGGAUUUGUCCGACAAUGAACUAUCCAAACAUAUCAAACUGUUAGGUGGUAAUUAUUCAAAGAUAUUUGGCAAGAAUGUUAUUUAUUCCAGUUUGUAG